AUGAGAAAUCCUAACAUUUUCGGACGUCACACUGCAGUACCAAAGGAAAUGAUCUCACGAAAUUCGAUAGAGUACACGCCCACGUACCAACGCUUUGUGCUGAAGCAAAAGUCAUACACUCAGCAAUUUUCGCACAUCUACGUGAGUCGACUGCAACAAUUGCGUGAUGUAGUGCAUGUUCAAGUUCAGAAGCGCACAAAUAAUCGUGUUCCAGUGUUAGCAAAAGUGAUCGACUUAAGGACUGACGGCCAAGAGUGUGUGCUUAUUGGUACAUUGCUUAAAGUGCUGGAAGCCAAACCAGAUCUAUUUGACGCGCUUUUAAGUGAAGAUGGUGUCUCUCCUAUCGAGACAAUCAAACAAACUCUUGCCACAAAAGAAGACGAAUUGCUUCUUGAAGACGAAAGUGGUCGUGUGCAACUCGUAGGAGAUAUCAAAGUUGCUGAAUUCGUCACAGGCGUUGUGCUUGGGGUUCGUGGUUACGUAAAUCAAGGCGGAUCUGAUGGUCGCUUCCACGUCAAAGAGAUAUAUGUUCCAUCGUUUCCACCCCAGCAUCCUCUGCCAACAAGGCAAGAUAGUCAAUAUGUGGCCUUGAUAUCCGGGUUGAAUAUUGGGCGCAACAAUGACGGGCAACCGCUUCGGAAUCACAUUCUUGUCGACUAUCUGGCAGGGCGUUUGGGCACGCAAAGCGAACUGCAGUUUGUAUCGAACAUUGUUCGAACAAUAAUUGCUGGAAAUACUCUCGAAGCAGAGAGUGGGGAAAUACAAGUACCAACGCUCAAGCGUAAGACAGCUGGGGAAUUAGCUCUGGAGGUUGAACCUCUGAGAAAUGCAGACGAAAUUGUAUCGACUUUAGCUGCUACCAUGUGUGUGGAUCUCAUGCCUGGAGCGUCGGAUCCUAGCAAUUACACGCUACCACAACAGAGUUUUCAUCCGUGUUUGUUCCCGCGUAGCUCGCGGUUCAAGAGUUUUCGAUGUGUCACGAACCCGUACGAGGCACAAAUUGGUGGCGUUCAGCUGUUUGGAGAUGCUGGUCAACCUCUGCGCAGCAUGUUGCAAUGUACACUUCCUGGUCAUGACAAUAAUAACGAUGACAUGGCUAAACAUCUCGAUGAAGAGCAAAGAGAGCAAGAACGUGCAUUGGACUACUUGCAACGAUGUGUCGAGUGGUGUCACGCAGCUCCGACUGCUCCCGAUAUUCUUGCGUGUUUUCCCAUGGCAAAUGAAGAUCCGUUCAUCUUUGAAACCUGUCCACACGUUUAUUUCACGGGUAACCAGCCGUGCUUCAGCACCCGUUUAAUAAAAGGACUUAAUGGUCAGCAAGUGCGGCUUAUUACCGUGCCUUCGUUUUCCGAGACUUCCACGAUUGUGCUUGUGGAUUUAAAAGAUCUAUCCUCUUUUCCCAUUAAAAUCAAAGCUUGA